ACCAGAAGAGCCCAUUCAGGCCUUCCCCCUGUGUGUGUGUGUGUUUGAGGGUUCAGAGAUUCGAUGACGCAGUCAGAGAAAUUUUCUGCGGAUUUCGUAAUGGGUGGAGCUGCAGCAAUAAUAGCGAAGAGCGCAGCGGCGCCGCUUGAAAGGGUGAAGCUGUUGUUGCAGAAUCAAGGAGAGAUGAUGAAGAGAGGACAACUCAAGACACCUUAUAAGGGUAUUGAGGAUUGCUUUAAGAGAGUUUUGAGAGAGGAAGGUCUGCUGUCUUUCUGGAGAGGAAAUCAGGCCAACGUCAUUCGGUAUUUCCCAACCCAGGCUUUCAACUUUGCAUUCAAGGGGUACUUCCAGAACCUCUUCGGAUUCUCGAAAGAGAAAGAUGGGUACGUGAAAUGGUUAGCCGGUAAUGUAGCUUCUGGUAGUGCAGCUGGAGCAACCACUUCUUCGUUUCUGUAUCACUUGGAUUAUGCACGUACCCGACUAGGAACUGAUGCAAAGGAAUGCCGAGUCAAUGGUCAACGGCAAUUUAAAGGACUAAUAGAUGUUUACAGGAAGACCCUGUCGAGUGAUGGGAUUGUAGGUCUGUAUCGGGGCUUUGGGGCUUCAAUCAUGGGGAUUACUCUCUACCGAGGAAUGUACUUUGGGCUCUAUGAUACUAUGAAGCCCAUUGUUCUGGUGGGACCAUUGGAGGGGAACUUUUGUGCCAGUUUUAUAUUGGGCUGGAGUGUUACAACAGUUUCUGGGUUAUGUGCAUACCCUUUUGAUACCACUCGACGAAGAAUGAUGCUGACCUCAGGACAGCCAUCCAAAUAUCGUAGCUCCAUGCAUGCCUUCCAACAAAUUAUUCGCCAGGAGGGCUUCACUGCACUGUUCCGAGGAGUAACUGCAAACAUGCUUUCUGGUAUGGCAGGGGCAGGUGUCCUCGCUGGUUAUGAUCAGCUGAAUCGCUUGGCAAAUGGACAGGGGUAUGUUUUAGAGCCACAAAGGAGAACCUUGAAGUGAUGUUUCCACAAUCUAAUAGUUUUUAUACUAGCUUGAAAAUCAAUAUCUACUCCAAAGGAGAUGCAUAGGAGAAACCAAACAGAAGAACAGAGGAAUGGAUAUAUGAUUUUUUUUGCACUUGCACUUUCUGCCUUUUCCCUUAAAUGCAUAUAGAAAGUCAAGGGAAUGGCUUCAUUGUGUAUAUUCUGUACAAUAGAAAAUUAGAUCGAUUUCUUUGACAGUGCUUCAGCUGUGAAAA